AUGGUAAUGCAUCCCGCAGAGGUUGCCCAACACAACAACGCCAACUCCUGUUGGCUCAUCAUUCAUGCAGAUCAUCCUGGAGGAAAGAAGGUGAUCCUGAAAAAUGCGGGCAAAGACUCUACUGCGGACUUUGAUCUGAUUCAUUCUAUUGAGAUUCUGGAUAAGUGGCUAGAUCCAUCCAAACACCUGGGCGAUAUCGAUACCAGCAAAACAGGCAUGUCCGCGGAUGGAACCACACAGUCCAAAGAAUCGGAACAGAGCCAAGGGACUGUUACAAGGAAACCAAAACUAUCACAAUGCGUGAAUAUAUCAGACUUUGAGUCUGUAGCACAACAGACAAUGAAGAAAUCUUCUUGGAACUACUAUUCCACUGGAGCCGAGGACGAGUUUACCAUCAAAGAGAACAACGCAUCAUUCCAGCGCAUCCGGUUUCGACCAAAAGUUCUUGUCAACGUUGAGCACGUGGAAAUUUCUACCACUAUGCUUGGAGCCCAUACAUCCGCUCCAAUCUACAUAACAGCUACUGCGCACGCCAAGCUUGGAGAUCCAGACGGCGAAGUGACACUAGCGAGGGCAAGCAACAAGCAUGAUAUCAUCCAAAUGAUACCAUUGUACUCAUCAUGUCCCCUCGAAGAUAUCACGAAUACUAGGGAACCUAGUCGGACCCAAUGGUAUCAGAUUUAUGUCAAGAAAGAUCGGAAUGUGACACGGAAGGCUGUUAAAGCCGCCGAGGCACGGGGUUGUAAAGCUCUGUGCAUCACCGUCGAUAAUCCACAUCUCGGAAGUCGUGAGAGGGUCCUACGUUCGCAACAGAGUGAGUCUAACGACGACGAAUUUGAGGAUGCGCCAGCAACGGAGCUGGAUCCUUCUCUCAUAAUGAACUCAACUCUGUCUUGGGAUGAUAUUCCAUGGUUCCAAGACAUCACCAACAUGCCUAUUGUCCUCAAAGGUGUACAGCGAGUUGAGGACGUCAUCAAGGCAGCAGAAUACGGCGUUCAGGCCGUGAUUCUUUCUAAUCACGGCGGACGACAACUCGAUUACUCAGAGGCUCCAAUUGAGGUCCUCGCGGAGGCUAUGCCUAUCUUGAGAGAACGAGGUCUUCAAGGCGAAAUUGAAGUGUAUGUUGACGGCGGUUUUCGUCGUGGCUCAGACGUGUUAAAGGCUUUGUGUCUUGGGGCUCGCGGUGUUGGCAUCGGUCGCCCAUUUCUUUACGCGAUGGCCGCCCAUGGACAGAAAGGACUCGAGAAAGCGAUUCGCAUCUACAAAGAUGAACUUGAAAGGAACAUGCGACUGCUUGGGUGCACUUCGAUAGAUCAGCUUCACCCAGGGCUGGUAAAGGUGCUUGGUGAGGUUCGAGAAAGGCUAUGA